AUGGAUAUCACCAAGAAGUCGUCGGCCCCAAGCCGCUAUAGCCAGGUCAUGACCUCCGAGGACGAGGCACGUUCCAACUCUGCCAACAGCAGUGGAGAAGAGGAGGAGGAAAAAGAGAAGAGGGAGAGGGGAAGGGGAGUGAACCCCACACUGGCCCCUACCCUGGCCCACUCUCCUGUCCCUCCUCAGGCCAGGAGUCCUUUCGCUGCCCUCCAACCCCCGAAAGUGGCCUUCCCAGCCCCGGUCAGUCCUGUACCUGCAAAGGACACAAACCAGGUAGGCUUAGAUUUUCGUAAUUAGUAAGCCCCCCCCCUCCCCCCAAAAAACGCUUUCAGUGUAAAUGACUAAAACCAAAUAUAACGUAUGUAUUAAAGAUUAUGGACCUAUAUAUAUUUUUUAAUAUUAUUAUCUUUGAGAACUACCAAUCACCAAAAUAAAAGCUAAACAGUCAGGGGAAUUGAAAAUUCCCAAAACAAUUAAUUUAACAGUGUUGAUUCUUUUAUUAAGUUUGAGCAAAAUAACAAAAUGCAGGAUUUGCAGGAAAUUAUCUUUAAAACUGCUAAAUGUUCUCUCAGCUACAUGGCAGAAUAUGUAGAAUCCCUGGAAAUUGGCUUAAAGUUAAUUUUUUCAACACCAAAAUGUUCAAACUAAUUCAGCCGCGCCGACCGCGCCCAUUGCCACGCCACAUGUGACACCCCUAGCCAGAAAAAAUCCUGAUUAGGCAGAUAAGUAUUUUUCAGCGCAAACUUACAGUAUUCCAGAGCUGAAGCCAAAAUUAACACAAAGUAAUAAGGGCAUCACAAGAAAACCAAUUUGUUCAAGAAAAGUUAGCAUGUAUGUAACAGUCGCAGUGCUGGAGUGAAUGAGUGAGAGUGAGUGACUACGAUUUACACUGGAUACUGCGUACAUACUGUACUAUGUACUAUGUAGUAGUGAUGGGGGAAAAAAAUAGAUAGUUACAUAUCGGGAUAUUAUUUUUGACUAUAUAUCAUAUCGUUUUGGCAAUAUCUUGAGGUCCCAGCCCUUCUAUGCAGCUAGUGCUAGAUACAGUAGGAGAUACAGUAGUAGUGAUGCUUGCCAUUGUCAGACUGCAAUUAAUAAUUCAUAGUGAAGAACAAAUGUUAUCCUUUCCCUGGCUUCGAACAAUGCCUAACAUUCUUAAUGAGUGUUUGUUUGUGUGUAUGUGUAUGUGUGUAGGGGAGCUACGCUGACAUGCGGAUCAGUCUGAACCAGAAGCCAAACAGCAGUCGAGACUUUGGCUUCCAGACAGAGUGGGACUCCACUGGAGCUCACGUCACCUCCAUCCAACCAGGUUAACACACACACACACACACACACUCACACACACACACACACACACACACACACACACACACACACAUACACACACAAACAUUUAGCACAAACACACACAUUUAGCAUGGUAAACACAAAGUAACAACUCCCACAUGAAAAAAUACUAUAGUGUACUAUGGUCUAAAUACUGUAGUAUUAUUAUAUUUAAAUACUAUAGUAUUUACUGUAGUGUUUUUGCGGACAUGACUGUAGUAUUCACUAUAGUGUUUUGCAGACAUGGCCGUAGUAUUUUGUAGUAACACCUGCCGGCUAGGGUUAGCUAAAAUGGCAGACCAGACUACGCCAGUUACUGUUUAAUGAGGGGAACACCUCAACCAGAACAUAAGACACAGGUUCAUGACAGACCACCUAUUGAAUUGGGUCAACAGUUCUGAGCAAUGCAACAGACCAGACAACACCUUAGCAAACAUAUACAUUUUUUAUUACGAUUGUAACAUUAGACAGGUUAUAGGUCCAUUAAAGGAAAACCGUACAGAGGCAAAUAUAAAGAACAAGCAAAGUUUAAAAAAGCUUAAAGGAUUAGGUUUGCUUGUUUGACAGAUAAAUGACACGCAUUAACAAGAGUACACCAAAAUUACAUCUUAGAUAAUUUACUUACACUAGAUAGCUUUCUGAAAUACAAUAGUCCUUUCAGAGAUUCAGCUGACCAAGUUCACAAGAUGACCAAUAACAGUGACAAACAAUACUGUACUUCUGAUGGUAGAAAAUAAAGAACAGUUAACCACUGCAUUUGCAUAAACAAUAUAUAUUUUUGAAAUACAAAUUACUUUACUUAAAGACAGUCAUCUUAUUGGCGGGCGCUGCCAAUAAACUGCCUGGACCUGAAACCAGCAAAGCCUCUCCAUAUGAUUCUGAAUGUUACAGUUGAAGUCGGAAGUUUACAUACACCUUAGCCAAAUACAUUUAAACUCAGUUUUUCACAAUUCCUGACAUUUAAUCCUAGUAAAAAGUCCCUGUCUUAGGUCAGUUAGGAUCACCACUUUAUUUCAAGAAUGUGAAAUGUCAGAAUAAUAGUAGAGAGAAUGAUUUUUUUCAGCUUUUAUUUCUUUCAAUACAUUCCCAGUGGAUCAGAAGUUUACAUACACUCAAUUAGUAUUUGGUAGCAUUGCCUUUAAAUUGUUUAACUUGGUCAAACGUUUCGGGUAGCCUUCCACAAGCUUCCCACAAUAAGUUGGGUGAAUUUUGGCCCAUUCCUCCUGACAGGAAGACCCAUUUGCGACCAAGCUUUAACUUCCUGACUGAUGUUUUGAGAUGUUGCUUCAAUAUAUCCACAUAAUUUUCCUUCCUCAUGAUGCCAUCUAUUUUGUGAAGUGGACCAGUCCCUCCUUCAGCAAAGCACCCCCACAGCAUGAUGCUGCCACCCCGUGAUUCACGGUUGGGAUGGUGUUUUUCGGCUUGCAAGUGUCCCCCUUUUUCCUCCAAACAUAACAAUGGUCAUUCUGGCCAAACAGUUCUAUUUUUGUUUCAUCAGACCAGAGGACAUUUCUCCAAACAGUACAAUCUUUGUCCCCAAGUGCAGUUGCAAACCAUAGUCUGGCUAUUUUAUGGCGGUUUUGGAGCAGUGGCUUCUUCCUUGCUGAGUGGCCUUUCAGGUUAUGUCGAUAUAGGACUCGUUUUACUGUGGAUAUAUAUACUUUUGUACCUGUUUCCUCCAGCUUCUUCACAAGGUCCUUUGCUGUUGUUCUGGGAUUUAAUUGCACUUUUCGCACCAAAUUACGUUAAUCUCUAGGAGACAUAACGUGUCUCCUUCCUGAGCAGUAUGACGGCUGCAUGGUCCCAUGGUGUUUAUACUUGCGUACUAUUGUUGGUACAGAUGAACGUGGUGCCUUCAGGCGUUUGGAAAUUGCUCCCAAUGAUGAACCAGACUUGUGGAGGGCUACAAUAUUUUUUUUGAGCGCUUGGCUGAUUUCUUUUGAUUUUCCCAUGAGGUCAAGCAAAGAGGCACUGAGUUUGAAGGUAGGCCUUGAAAUACAUCCACAGGUACAUCUCCAAUUGACUCACAUUAUGUCAAUUAGCCUAUCAGAAGCUUCUAAAGCCAUGACAUCAUUUUCUGGAAUUUACCAAGCUGUUUAAAGGCACAGUCAACUUAGUGUAUGUAAACUUCUGACCCGCUGGAAUUGUGAUACAGUGAAUUAUAAGUGAAAUAAUCUGUCUGUAAACAAUUGUUGGAAAAAUUACUUGUGUCAUGCACAAAGUAGAUAACCGACAUGCCAAAACUAUAGUUUGUUAACAAGACAUUUGUGGAUUGGUUGGAAAACGAGUUUUAAUGACUCUAACCUAAGUGUAUGUAAACUUCCGACUUCAACUGUAUAUGUUCAGUUUUACCAUCAGUGAGUUUAUUCAUGUGUGACAAUAUUCAAGAUGUUCAUUAUGUAAAGUCACUGCAAUAAUGUUAUUUUGUUUUCAGUGGGCUUGUUUGGAGAGUCUUUUCUGGUUUGAAGUCCCUCUAACGGGCCUAGAACCUGUCUAAUGUAUAGAUGUUACAUUUGUAAUACACAUUUUAUAUUUUUGUUAAGGUGUUUUCUGGUCCGUUGCAUUGCUCAGAACUGUUGACCCAACUCAAUAGGUUGCCUGUCACGAACCUGUGUGUCUUAUGUUCUGGUUGAAGUGUUCCCCUCAUUAAACAAUAACUGGUGUAGUCUGGUAGUUGUGCCAUUUUAGUUAUCCUAGUCGGCACUACAUGAAAGUCCGUAAAGUCCAAAAACACUACAGUGAAUACUAUAGUCAUGUGCCCAAAAACACUACAGCGAAUACUACAGUAAAGUCCGCAAAAACACUACAGUGAAUACUAUAGUAUACUACAGUCAUGUCCCCAAAAACACUACAGUGAAUAUCUCAAUUACCUCGACUAACCGGUGCCCCCACACAUUGACUUUGUACCGGUACCCCCUAUAUAUAGCCUCCCUACUUUUAUUUUACUGCUGCUAUUUAUUUUUUAUUUUUUACUUAACACUUCUUUUUAUUUUCUUAAAAACUGCAUUGUUGUUUAAGGGCUUGUAAGUAAGCAUUUCACUGUAAUGUCUACACCACAUGUUGCAAAUAAAAAUGGAUUUUAUUUUAUUUAUAGUAUACUACAGUCAAUACUAUAAUAUACUACAGUCAUGUCUGCCAAAUCACUACAGUGAAUACUACAGUAAAGUCUGCAAAAACAUUACAAUGAAUACUAUAGUAUAUAAAUAUAGUAAUACUACAGUAUUUAGAGCAUAGUAUACUAUAGUAUUUUUUUCAUCUGGGUUAGCUGUAAAUGUCUGACAUGUUUGAACUAGGACCACAAUAUAAAUACAUUUUAAACUUUUUUUUGUGUUAUUCUCAACAAAUAUCUAAAGAGAUUGUAUCCACAUUUGUGGUUGUAUUGCAUUUUUAAAUAGUCAAAUCAAAUCAAUCAAUCAAGGGAUACAUACUGUGUGUAGUAUAGUAUUCUACAGUAUACUACACAAUUCUAUAGUAAGCACUACAUGAUCGAGGGGGAACCUCAGAGGAAAUCCCUGGCAUGAGCUCCCCAAGUGUGACCGGUGUAGAUUGCCUCUGUGUUGUUUUUUGAUCAGCUAACAUAUGACCAAAGGAUCAGGGUUGGUGUGGAUCUUUAAUUCUCUGAUAAUGACAGGGAAACGUCCUUAAACAAAUGCUGCAAUUCCCUUAUACACCAAACUCCUGUCAUCCACAUGGGUACAGUAGACAGGGAAUAUAACAAUAAUCUAGUUUCACAUAACAGUACAAUAUAAGGUAAAUGCGAUGUACAUUUUUGAAAUAGAAAUGUACAGUAUAGCUUAUGGACCUAGGCUAGUCAACUUUCUCAAUGACAGCCAGGCGUCAUUGACGUGACGUUUUAAUACAUAGGAUUGAUUAUAAUUUUCAUGUGACAAUUUUUCAGUAACCUACCUCUUUCACAUGAGUACAGUAGACAGGGAUGAGGUAAGGGGGGCAGGGGAUCUUUAUGAGGGGGAAUGGAGAAGGAAGUGUGCGACAUUAAAAAGGGCUCUUACAACAACAAAAGGAAUGUACAGUAAUAUCAGGCAAGGAACUAUUCAGAUUUUGUGUAAUUAUACACAACAUGAAAUUCAACACUUGUUACACAAGCACAGUAUGUUCAAAUCAAACCAGCAUUGACACAGCUAGCAGCUAGCAGUAAAGCUAGCUAGCAGUCAAAUCUAUCAAAAAAUUAUAAAAUAAGCACUACGUGAUCGAGGGAUACUACAGUGUGUAGUAUAGUAUUCUAGACAGUAUACUACAACAUUCUAAAGUAUACUACAAAAUAUUAUAGUAAGCACUACACAAUCGAGGGAUACUACAUUGUGUAGUAUAGAAUUCUCCAGUAUACUACAAAAUUCUAUAGUAAGCACUAUAUAGUAAGUACCAUAUAGUAAGCAAUCCAAGACAAGCAUGUGAAUGGCUUAAUGAAAUGAUGGGAAGAGAGAGGAAAAGAGAGAACAAGAAAAUUGCAACAGCUUUUAAUACAAUGCAAAUACACACACUGCUGAAAUGACUACUGGACCUGAAUGUCAACGGAGGCCUCACAGGUUGGAUCAAGGACUUUUUAACUAACUGCCCACAGAGGGUCCUCAUGAAUAGGGCCCUCUCUGAUGAACUGGCCCUGAACACAGGGGUGUGUCCUUUUCACCGUUGUUGUUUUCUAUCUACAUUAACGAGAUGAAGAUCCAAGAAAACAAUGUGAGCCUUUUCAAGUAUGCCGAUGACAUGAUAAAAAAAAAAAGAUGCUAUAUCAGAUGGGGACAGCUAUUUUAAACAGGCCAACAACCUUCAAGAAUGGUGCCGGUCAAGUGCCCUCCACAUCAAUGUGGACAAGACAAAGGAGCUGAUCAUCAAUGGCAACAACCUGCCAAUGUCCCAACGACUCUCUGAACGACCAACCAGUGGAGGUGGUUGAGUGUUUCAAAUACCUAGGGACACAAAUUGAUGACAAGCUGAGCUUUACCAAGAAUGCAGACUGUAUAUAUAUAUAAAAAAAGCAAGCCAGCGCCUGUUUUUAAUCAGAAAAUUGAAGGGGUUUGAGGUCAGCCAGGAUGUUCUGGAGAGGGUGUACAGCAGUCUGGUAGAGAGCAUCCUCACGUUCAAUAUGACAGUCUGGUAUGGCAAUCUGAGCGUGAAAAGCUAAAGUAAACUGAGCAGAAUAGUAAACACAGCCAACAAAGUAAUUGGUCGACCACAGGCACAGUUGAGCAGUCUGUUCCACAAGGCAACCAAAAGGAAGGCACUGGGCUGUCGUUGGCGACCCCUCCCACCCUCUACACCUUCAGCUUUAAAAAAAAUAUAUAUACAGUUUGAGAGGCUUCCCUAAGGCCGGCGCAUGGCCAAGAAGAACGUGUUCAAACAUUAAUUUGUUCCUUGUGCCGUUGGACUACUAAAUACAAUGUAAAUUGUAUUGGUAUAUGUACUUAUCUAUCCAGUGCAGUUGGGGCAGCGGUCAGUUGUGAGUGAAUGUAUCAAUGUCCUCUAUGUUCGUAGUGUAUGCAGUAUGAUGGACUGACUGGUCUAAAUGUGUGUGAUGUGAGAAUGUAUGUGAAUGUGAUCAUUUUAAUGUAAGGUGAUGCCAAAGAAAAAUGUCCAUCCUGGAUGGACAAAGUUUUAUUCUAUUCUAUUCUACAUGACCGAUCAAUACUACAGUGUGUAGUAUAGUAUUCUACAGUAUACUACACAAUUCUAAAGUAAGUGCUACACAUGGUCAUCGCAGUGAGACAGUUUUUAAGCAAUGGACAAUGUGUGAGACAUUGGGAAUAAAACUGCCCUUGGACAUGAUCAUUGAUCAAUUAUGAGCAAAGGUACUGUUAUGUUAUUUUAUUGAACCUUUAUUUAACUGUGGCCUUGUGGGGGUCUUCCUUUUCAGCGUCUAAAUAAAGAAUGCAUUUCACCUGAUUUCAGGUGAAAAAAAGGACUGUGUAUUCGUUUAGUUGAUUAGUGUUUGCUAUGAAGUGAGUUGUGGACAUUGGCCUCACUCCCUUUUGUUAGAAAACCUUUUAUAAUUCACACAGAAGAGCAAAUAUAAUUUCACCGCUCUCACUGCACCACUAGCUGGAGGUCCAUAAGUUUGAUGUGUUUGAUACCAUUGAUUUGAUUAUAUUCCAGCCAUUACGAUGAGCCCGGUAUUUCAGUCAGGCACUGCUGGUGUUCUUCAGUUCUCGUGCUAGUAGGACCCGAUAAGACCCAGUAGCAGAGCAUGUGCCAGGCCUUAUGUAGGGCAACCUCUAUCUGGGUCAGAUCUGCUGGCCCUGUCUCUCUCUAGCCUAUAUAUAUGCACUAAGGAAUCACUUGGCUAUCACUGCACCACUGUUAAGAAAAAGGUACUGAUGCCACAAAAUGGUGGAAUCGCUGUUUCUAGUUAUGGUGAAGGUGAUGUUCGCAUUCAUGUUGUAAUGCUUAUACUGUAGGUUAAGUUUACCCUAAUUCGCUAUGGGAAUAGCUGUCACCUGUUGUCAUACCACCCCUUUCACUAGUCCAUGUACAGUGAGGGAAAAAAGUAUUUGAUCCCCUGCUGAUUUUGUACGUUUGCCCACUGACAAAGAAAUGAUCAGUUUAUAAUUUUAAUGGUAGGUUUAUUUUAACAGUGAGAGACAGAAUAACAACAAAACAAUCCAGAAAAACACAUGUAAAAUGUUUUAUAAAUUGAUUUGCAUUUUAAUGAGGGAAAUACGUAUUUGACCCCCUCUCAAGCAGAAAGAUUUCUGGCUCCCAGGUGUCUUUUAUACAGGUAAGGAGCUGAGAUUAGGAUCACACUCUUAAAGGGAGUGCUCCUAAUCUCAGCUUGUUACCUGUAUAAAAGACACCUGUCCACAGAAGCAAUCAAUCAAUCAGAUUCCAAACUCUCCACCAUGGCCAAGACCAAAGAGCUCUCCAAGGAUUUCAGGGACAAGAUUGUAGACCUACACAAGGCUGGAAUGGGCUACAAGACCAUCACCAAGCAGCUUCGUGAGAUGGUGACAACAGUUGGUGCGAUUAUUCGCAAAUGGAAGAAACACAAAAUAACUGUCAAUCUCCCUCGGCCUGGGGCUCCAUGCAAGAUCUCACCUCGUGGAGUUGCAAUGAUCAUGAGAACGGUGAGGAAUCAGCCCAGAACUACACGGGAGGAUCUUGUCAAUGAUCUCAAGGCAGCUGGGACCAUAGUCACCAAGAAAACAAUUGGUAACACACUACGCCAUGAAGGACUGAAAUCCUGCAGCGCCCGCAAGGUCCCCCUGCUCAAGAAAGCACAUAUACAGGGCCGUCUGAAGUUUGCCAAUGAACAUCGGAAUGAUUCAGAGGAGAACUGGGUGAAAGUGUUGUGGUCAGAUGAGACCAAAAUCGAGCUCUUUGGCAGCAACUCAACUCGCCGUGUUUGGAGGAGGAGGAAUGCUGCCUAUGACCCCAAGAACACCAUCCCCAUCGUCAAACAUGGAGGUGGAAACAUUAUGCUUUGGGGGUGUUUUUCUGCUAAGGGUACAGGACAACUUCACUGCAUCAAAGGGACGAUGGGCGGGGCCAUGUACCGUCAAAUCUUGUGUGAGAACCUCCUUCCCUCAGCCAGGGCAUUGGAAAUGGGUCGUGGAUGGGUAUUCCAGCAUGACAAUGACCCAAAACACAUGGCCAAGGCAUCAAAGGAUUGGCUCAAGAAGAAGCACAUUAAGGUCCUGGAGUGGCCUAGCCAGUCUCCAGACCUUAAUCCCAUAGAAAAUAUGUGGAGGGAGCUGAAGGUUCGAGUUGCCAAACGUCAGCCUCGAAGCCUUAAUGACUUGGAGAAGAUCUGCAAAGAGGAGUGGAACAAAAUCCCUCCUGAGAUGUGUGCAAACCUGGUGGCCAACUACAAGAAACGUCUGACCUCUGUGAUUGCCAACAAGGGUUUUGCCACCAAGUACUAAGUCAUGUUUUGCAGAGGGGUCAAAUACUUAUUUCCCUCAUUAAAAUGCAAAUCAAUUUAUAACAUUUUUUACAUGCGUUUUUCUGAAUUUUUUUGUUGUUAUUCUGUCUCUCACUGUUCAAAUAUACCUACCAUUAAAAUUAUAGACUGAUCAUGUCUUUGUCAGUGGGCAAACGUACAAAAUCAGCUGGGGAUCAAAUACUUUCUUCCCUCACUGUAUGUCUCAUCAGUACAGAUAAGGGAUGGAGACAAGAAGCAGAAGCCACUUUAAAUAAUCAAGAUGAUUUAUUGCAAUCGCUGCCUUGUCCUAUCUCGGUCAUGUCUUUCUAUUGUGACAGCUUACCCUCAUCUUGAACUCUACAUUGUCCUCUCUAUCUCACCUGUCCUCUCUAUCUCACCCGCUGUGCCCUCCACAUUAUCUAUAUCAGACCACAGUUCCUUCUUUACCUUCUCUUUAUCUGACCUCUCUGCCUAUCUCUGUGCCCCCCAGGCAGCCCAGCGGAGCUGUGCCAACUGCAGGUGGGAGAUGAGGUGCUGGCGGUGAGCGGGCACAGGGUGGCAAAGAUGAGCUAUGAUGAGUGGAAGAGCAACACAGAGCAGGCCCUGCAGCAGGGCAGCCUCAUCAUGGACAUACGUCGCCACGGCAGGAACAGUGAGUAGAAAACUGGAGAGAGAGAGUGUAUGUGCGUUUGGGCGUGUGUGUGCAUGCGCAUGUGGGUGGGUGGGUGGUUGUUUGUUUGAGGCACGUCGAGAAUUUCUAGUUUUAGAGUGUCAGUGUUGUUUAUGUUUGUUGUGUUGUGUUGGUAAGCUAUUGUGACACAUUGAAUUGGUCAGUAACAAGUUGUGCUCAAUGGCUCAAUUAUUUCAUGGCAGUUUAACAAUAAUUUAUUUGUCUCUUGAUAGUUUUCUAGUCUAUUCUGGGAAAUAAUCAAAUCGCGUACACAGAUUUGCAGGUGUUAUAGCAGGUGAUGUGAAAUGCUUGUUAAUGGCUCCAAUAGCGCAGUAGAAUGUCUAGCAAAUACAAUACAAAUACACAAAUAAUCUAAACAUCUAAUUAAGAAAUGUCAAAACGAGUCCUAAUAACAAUUCAAAGUAGAUAAAUGAGUGUGAGCCGUUUCAGGAUCCAGAAUAUACAUAUGUGGCGUGUAUAGACAGUAUAUAAUUUUGGAAAGAAAAUGGUAUGUACAGUAAUAGGUAAAUUAGGAUGAGCUAUGUCGAGAAUACAGUAUAUACAUACACAAUGAGGAAACAACAGUAUAUAAACAGUAUAUGAAGUCACCAGUGUUCAAUGUUUCUACAGUAUAUACAUGGAGCAUUAGUCUCAAGGUGCAGGAUUGAGUACCGGGCAGGUAGCCGGCUAGUGAUGGCUGUUGAACAGUCUGAUGGCCUGGUGAUAGAAGCUGUUUUUCAGUCUUUCAGUCCCGGCUCUGAUGCACCUGUACCGUCUCUGUCUGCUAGAUGGUAGCAGAGUGAACAGACCGUGGCUCUGGUGGCUGAGGUCCUUAAGCAUAACCUUUUUAGUUAGUGAAAUGGGAGCCCAGUUUUGGCUGUCUUCCUGUCUGUCUUCCUGUCUGUUUUACUUUUCGUCUGCCUGUGUUUCUCUACUUCUGUUUCUUUCUUCCCUUCUCUGUCUGUGUGUGUGUGCGUGUGUUUCUGAAUGUUUAUCGCUGUCUGUUUCUGUCUUCCCUGUGUUCUCCUGUGCACCUCCCUUGUGGAUAAUUAACCCAAACUCGGGUACAGGGUCCAACGGGUCCAAACUUGGUCUAUUUACAGUAUAUGUUUUCACCAACAGGCUUACACAUGCUAUUAUAACACGAUUACACCACCACAAUAUUAAUUAGUCUAUUAUGUUACAUAAUAUACAGUUGAAGUCGGAAGUUUACACACACUUAGGUUGGAGUCAUUAAAACUUGUUUUUCAACCACUUCACAAAUGUAUUGUUAACAAACUAUAGUUUUGGCAAGUCGGUUAGGACAUCUACUUUGCGCAUGACACAAGUCAUUUUUCCAACAAUUGUUUACAGACAGAUUAUUUCACUUAUAAUUCACUAUAUCACAAUUCCAGUGGGUCAGAAGUUUACAUACACUACGUUGACUGUGCCUUUAAACAGCUUGGAAAAUUCCAGAAAAUGAUGUCAUAGCUUUAGAAGCUUCUGAUAGGCUUAUUGACAUAAUUUGAGUCAAUUGGAGGUGUACCUGUGGAUGUAUUUCAAGGCCUACCUUCAAACUCAGUGCCUCUUUGCUUGACAUUAUGGGAAAAUCAAAAGAAAUCAGCCAAGACCUCAGAAAAAAAUGGUAGACCUCCACAAGUCUGGUUCAUCCUUGGGAGCAAUUUCCAAACGCCUGAAGGUACCACGUUCAUCUGUACAAACAAUAGUACGCAAACACCAUGGGACCACGCAGCUGUCAUACCGCUCAGGAAGGAGACGCAUUCUGUCUCCUAGAGAUGAACGUACUUUGGUGCAAAAAGUGCAAAUCAAUCCCAGAACAACAGCAAAGGACCUUGUGAAGAUGAUGGAGGAAACAGGUACAAAAGUAUCUAUAUCCACAGUAAAACAAGUCCUAUAUCGACAAAACCUGAAAGGCCACUCAGCAAGGAAGAAGCCACUGCUCCAAAACCGCCAUAAAAAAGCCAGACUACGGUUUGCAACUGCACAUGGGGACAAGGAUCAUACUUUUUGGAGAAAUGUCCUCUGGUCUGAUGAAACAAGAAUAGAACUGUUUGGCCAUAAUGACCAUUGUUAUGUUUGGAGGAAAAAGGGGACAGCUUGCAAGCCGAAGAACACCAUCCCAACCGUGAAGCACGGGGUGGCAGCAUCAUGCUGUGGGGGUGCUUUGCUGCAGGAGGGAUUGGUGCACUUCACAAAAUAGAUGGCAUCAUGAGGAAGGAAUAUUAUGUGGAUAUAUUGAAGCAACAUUUCAAGACAUCAGUCAGGAAGUUAAAGCUUGGUCGCAAAUGGGUCUUCCAAAUGGACAAUGACCCCAAGCAUACUUCCAAAGUUGUGGCAAAAUGGCUUAAGGACAACAAAGUCAAGGUAUUGGAGUGGCCAUCACAAAGCCUUGACCUCAAUCCUAUAGAAGAUUUGUGGGCAGAACUGAAAAAUCGUGUGCGAGCAAGGAGGCCUACAAACCUGACUCAGUUACACCAGCUCUGUCAGGAGGAACGGGACAAAAUUCACCCAGCUUAUUGUGGGAAGCUUGUGGAAGGCUACCCAAAACGUUUGACCGAAGUUAAACAAUUUAAAGGCAAUGCUACCAAAUACUAAUUGAGUGUAUGUAAACUUCUGACCCACUGGGAAUGUGAUGAAAGAAAUAAAAGCUGAAAUAAAUCAUUCUCUCUACUAUUAUUCUGACAUUUCACAUUCUUGAAAUAAAGUGGUGAUCCUAACUGACCUAAAACAGGGAUUUUUUACUAGGAUUAAAUGUCAGGAAUUGUGAAAAACUGAGUUUAAAUGUAUUUGGCUAAGGUGUAUGUAAACUUCCGACUUCAACUGUACACUUUUGCAGGAGAGUUUGUAAGCCUGUUGGUAAAUCCUAGUGGUUUGUAGAUUGUGCAGGUGUGGGGAAGGUGGUUUCUAAGUCAUCCAACUGUUCUUUAGAAUAACAUAAAAACUAUUUUAUUUUCCCUUCCAAGCGGUAGCGUCUGUACUUUGUUCUAUAGUUGUAUAGUAGUACCUUUAAAGUAAUAGUACCUUUCCUAAUAUUGUGCUUUCACACACACACACACACAUACUCUCUCUUAUACACAUACACAUACAUUCUAUCUUUCUCUCACACUCACACACACACACACACACACUCUCACAUAAACACACAUACCCCUUUGAUUCUUUGUCAUUGUUAUGUGUCUGCGAUGUUCAGACUGGGACAGAGACCUACCUUCCCUGCCGUGUAAAAGCCAUAAGACCAUCAAUCUGACCAGUAUGGAUCAUCAUCCAACACUUAUAGGUUCCCCCAACACAGCCACCGUUAACGCAACCACCAGCUUGGCUUUCACAUCUCGGGGAUCCAUGGAAACCACCAAAGAGGUCGCCAUCCAACCAAUCAUUGUGAGUUUUACACGAAGACUUCAUGGUGUUGAUAGGGUUCAAAUGUUUCUUGUUAGCUUUCUUGUUAUGUUACUCCCAAAUACCCAGAAAAGACAUGACAUUGUCACCAAGUUUCAAAUAUGUUGCGAAAAGGUUGUUGAGGACAUUGAUAUAGGACAUAACUGCGAAAAACUUUAGAUUUUUGUUAGUUGCAUGAUCACAUUGAAUCCACAUUAAGACAAUGUAUUGAUUAAACCCCAAACAGUUCUCAACAGGCAUUUCCUUCAUCUUGUUGCAGGAUGUGGCAUCCAUUGGAGUGAAUGGAGGUUUCCGUGACGAGACGGUGACCAUGAGAAACACAGGUAAAGAGCAUAGAGCAGAGAUACUAACCAGAGCAGUUAUGACUAGCCUUUAUUAACAUCAACGAGUUUGAGAAAGCAAUGACAACAUUCUCUCUUUGGGACCGUGUGUGUUUUUGGUGGUGAAAUGCUCAUUGCUCAAUUAUGUACUAAUGAUAUUAUGAUGUUCUGUUUGCUUGUAAUGUAGGAUAUGUUUGUGUGAGCAUUUUGGAAAGACCUGGCCAGAGCUUACAUAUGCUCGUUUUUUUGACGACUUAAUCCUUAUGUAAUUGUUGUGUUUUCAGUGGGGGAGAAUGGAAAUGUUGAUAGAAGUUACCCGAGAAUGGAGAUUUUGAUAGAAGUUACCCACGCCAUGAUAGAAGCUAUUACUUAAAUGUUUCUCUCCCAGCUCCUCUCUUACACUGUGUCCCUGUUCUGAUUUCUCCAUCUCUCACGUAGAGUCCGCAGAACCCAUAUCUUUGAAAAACUUAAAACGGAGGUCAGAGUUUUUUGAACAAGGUAAAAAGGCCCUGACUGAACCCUGGUGUUGGUGAAGGGUUAUUAUCAAUAGUCUGUGUUACUAUCAGAAGGCUGGGUGCUCUGGGCUUCCAUCUCUUUCUCUCUAUUCCAGUGGUUCUCCUAUGGACCUACCUGGUAUACAGGUUUUUGGCUCAACUAUGACUUAACCUAAUCAUUACGAUCAAUUGUUUUUAAAAUUGGUCAAUAGUGUGGAUUUCAGAUCUAUUGAAGAUGAUUAUGGGAAGGUUGAGACAAAGAAGUUGAAUACUCAGGAGUUCCUCAGGGCUCCAUGUUGGGCCCGCUGCUUUUUUUGUUUUUAGAUUCAGUCUUAUAAGCCACUGCCUUUUUCCGUCUGAUCUCUACUGAGGGACUGUAACCCCUCUGCUCUCCCCCUCCCUCCCGCCCCCCAGGCUUCUCAGGGCCCAGUGUCAGUGCACUGGUCUACCUCUGUGGUAAACAGGGUUGAGUGUGCAGUGAUUCUCUCCACACCUCCAACUGCCACACCUGAGACACUGACAUGCUGUCUGAGCCCAGUGAGUUUAAAUCAGUAUUUCCCAACCCUCUCCUGUGGGACCAGCAAUCCGUCUAAAUUUUUGUUGCAGCCCUGAGCUGACAACUAAUCACCCAGGCCUUGAUUAGUUGAAUCAGGUAUACUAGUUCAGGGCUACAAUCAAAUUGAGAACUGUCUGAGGAUCCCUCAGGGGAGGGUUGGGAAACACUUGAUGAGAAAGUAGUGUUUUCACCAACAGUUUAAACCUCCAAAUGGUAGACCGCAGGUCAGAAUGUCAUACCAACUUACCAAUCUACUAGACUCCAGAGAAGUAGUUUAUUAAUGUCAGACUCUAUGCACUCCUCUCUGUAUGCAGGUUCUCACUUCUUGCUUGUGUGUUUUUGAUAGAUUUUGUUUUUAGCCUGCAUACAUACACAGGAGUAAUUGAGAACCGACAUCAACGUUGAUCAAGCCUAGGCUGGUCCAGCUCCAUAUAGGAUAGGGAUGUAUAGUGGGGUCCAAAAUGAUUGACACCCUUGAUAAAGAUGAGCAAAAAUGACUGUAUCAAAUAAAUAAUUCAAAUACUGAGCUAUAUAUUGUAUGCUCAAAAAAAUUUGGAAAUUAUUUUAUACCAAUACAAUUGCUCAGAGAAACACAUUUUGUUUAACAAGUAAAACCUUUUUACAAAAAUGUCAAAAUUAUUGACACCCCUGUUUUCAAUACCUUCCAAUACCUCACCUUGCGAGGAUAAAAUGUUUGAGUUGAAGAACACAUUGGGAGGGAUCUUAGACCAUUCCGCCAUACAGAAUCCUUCCAGAUCCUUGAUAUCAUUUGUCUGCGCUUAUGGACUGCCCUCUUCAAUUCAAACCACAAGUCUUCAAUGUGUUUCAUGUCUGGAGAACAGUUGAUUUUGUGGCCAAUUAACCAUUUAUUUUUGGAUUUUGAUGUGUGCUUGGGGUUACUGUCUUGCUGGAAGAGACACUAGGUUUUUGGUGAAAAUGUCCUGGUACUGGGUAAAUUUCAUGAUGCCAUUGACCUUAACAAGGGCCCCAGGACCAGUGGAAGCAAAAUAGCCACAUAACAUCAAAGAUCCACCACAAUAUUUUAUGUUUAUGCAUUCUCAUUUAGACGCCAAACCCACCACUGGUGUGCGUGGCCAAAUAACUAUAUUUUCAUGACCAAAGCACUGGUGCGAAUCCAAGUGCCAAUGCCAUUUGGCAAACUCCAGGCGUUUACAUUUGUUGGAUAACAUGAAAAAUAUAAAUCUUUGGCCACGCAGCAUCAUCAAGGACCCCCACACACCCUAGCCAUGAGCUGUUCACUCCCUUACCGUCAGUUUCUAUCUACAAGCAAUCAGACUGCUGAAGACUUGUACUGAACUGACCACCUGCACUGACUCUCCGCACUUUAGCACACAUGCACUCACGCACGCACACACCCACACAUAUAUACUUUCAUGCUACAUACACAUCACAACUUUCUGCUACCCAUAUUAUUAUAUUUUAUUAAUUCUUAUUGUUGUUGCAUUGUUGAGAAGGAACCUGCAAAUAAGAAUUUUGUUGGAUGGUGUAUACCAUGUGUAUCCCGUACAUAUGUCUAAUACAAUUUUGACCCCAACCUCUUUGAGGGAAAAAAUAUGACUUGUUAAACAAAAUCUCUUUCUCUGAGUAUAAGUAUCAAAUAAUAUAGUUUCCCCUUUGUGAAUACAAUAUAGCUUAUAGAGUGGGGGAAAAAAGUAUUUAGUCAGCCACCAAUUGUGCAAGUUCUCCCACUUAAAAAGAUGAGAGAGGCCUGUAAUUUUCAUCAUAGGUACACGUCAACUAUGACAGACAAAAUGAGAUUUUUUUUCCCAGAAAAUCACAUUGUAGGAUUUUUAAUGAAUUUAUUUGCAAAUUAUGGUGGAAAAUAAGGAUUUGGUCAAUAACAAAAGUUUCUCAAUACUUUGUUAUAUACCCUUUGUUGGCAAUGACACAGGUCAAACAUUUUCUGUAAGUCUUCACAAGGUUUUCACACACUGUUUGGCCCAUUCCUCCAUGCAGUGAUGUUUUGGGGCUGUUGCUGGGCAACACGGACUUUCAACUCCCACCAAAGAUUUUCUAUGGGGUUGAGAUCUGGAGACUUGCUAGGCCACUCCAGGACCUUGAAAUGCUUCUUACACCGGGCGGUGUGUUUGGGAUCAUUGUCAUGCUGAAAGACCCAGCCUCGUUUCAUCUUCAAUGCCCUUGCUGAUGGAAGGAGGUUUUCACUCAAAAUCUCACGAUACAUGGCCCCGUUCAUUCUUUCCUUUACACGGAUCAGUCGUCCUGGUCCCUUUGCAGAAAAACAGCCCCAAAGCAUGAUGUUUCCACCUCUAUGCUUCACAGUAGGUAUGGUGUUCUUUGGAUGGAACUCAGCAUUCUUUGUCCUCCAAACACGACGAGUUGAGUUUUUACCAAAAAGUUAUGUUUUGGUUUCAUCUGACCACAUGACAUUCUCCCAAUCCUCUUCUGGAUCAUCCAAAUGCACUCUAGCAAACUUCAGAUGGGCCUGGACAUGUACUGGCUUAAGCAGGGAGACACGUCUGGCACUGCAGGAUUUGAGUCCCUGGCGGCAUAGUGUGUUACUGAUGGUAGGCUUUGUUACUUUGGUCCCAGCUCUCUGCAGGUCAUUCACUAGGUCCCCCCGUGUGGUUCUGGGAUUUUUGCUCACCGUUCUUGUGAUCAUUUUGACCCCACGGGGUGAGAUCUUGCGUGGAGCCCCAGAUCGAGGGAGAUUAUCAGUGGUCUUGUAUGUCUUCCAUUUCCUAAAAAUUGCUCCCACAGUUGAUUUCUUCAAACCAAGCUGCUUACCUAUUGUAGAUUCAGUCUUCCCAGCCUGGUGCAGGUCUACAAUUUUGUUUCUGAUGUCCUUUGACAGCUCUUUGGUCUUGGCCAUAGUGGAGUUUGGAGUGUGACUGUUUGAGGUUGUGGACAGGUGUCUUUUAUACUGAUAACAAGUUCAAACAGGUGCCAUUAAUACAGGUAACGAGUGGAGGACAGAGGAGCCUCUUAAAGAAGAAGUUACAGGUCUGUGAGAGCCAGAAAUCUUGCUUGUUUGUAGGUGACCAAAUACUUAUUUUCCACCAUAAUUUGCAAAUAAAUUCAUUAAAAAUCCUACAAUGUGAUUUUCUGGAUUUUUUUCCUCAAUUUGUCUGUCAUAGUUGACGUGUACCUAUGAUGAAAAUUACAGGCCUCUCUCAUCUUUUUAAGUGGGAGAACUUGUACAAUUGGUGGCUGACUAAAUACUUUUUUUCCCCACUGUAAUUUAUUUUAUACAGUCAUAUUUACUCCUUGUCAAUAAUUUCGGACCUCACUGUACAUGUAUCUAUGGCUCUGGGCUAUUCACUAAGCCAUACGCCUGGAAAGUUAUGCUAUCACAAGACUGAAUCAGGUGCCAUGUGUAGUCAGGUGUGUGGUACAGUAGGUUGGCAUGAUGUCCAGGUGUCACACAUUGGCUCCCCUCCCGCUCAACCUUGCAUGCUGUGCUGUGCUAUGCUGGUGCUCUUGUGUUUUUAUUAAUAGCCAAUGCUUCUGCUUGCAUCAAUAUCAACAUGAUUUUUGGUGACUGGUGACUUAGUUUGACUUUUGUGUCCUAUUCCUGUUUGCAUCUUGUGCAUGCUUGUUGUGAUCGGUUUAAAAAUUAUUUUAUUUUCAUGAGAUGUUAAUACGUUGAAUCUAGUUAUUGUGAUGUGCUUUGGUAACACACCAACAGUAUGUUGGUACCUACUAUUCAGCAGUCAGACUGGUAUUCUGUCAAAAUCAUAGACUCCUUGUGGCAUUAUUGGCAACACUGGAGGUGAAUUUAAAAGAAAUUUUGUUUGCUUCAUGCUGAUUUUAAAACAUCUCAAAUUAUAGCUGAGGGUUUGGUUAAAGUUUAAACACCAUUUAAUAGUUUUAGAAGUUUAAACACUAAAAUCUGAAGUCAAACUCAACCUCUGAUAAGAGUUGAGGUUUUAACAAGCCUGUCAGCUUUCUUUCUGUGUGGUAUAUAGCCAGGAGUGUGUAAUUUAAAUACAUAUAUUACAUCUAUCCUAGGUGCCAGUCUGUGUCUGCUUUAGCAAACGUUCAAUUGUCUUGACAAACAUGGCAAUGAUGUAGUAUUUUGGAAUAUAGAAACAGUGUGCUUGACGUGGCAGCAUACUGAAUGCUCUAUAACACUCUGAGAUAUAACUAUAAACGUUUAGAGCUAUUUGAUUAUGUUUAUUCUUUUUUCAAGGAGGAUCAGAUUCUGUGAUAUCAGAUGUAAGUAAUACUAUUUCAUAUUUACAACAAAAAAAAAUUCUUAAAACAAGUGGUUGGGGUUUUUGCUCUGAACUGCGUUCUCAAGCAUACAGCUUCUUUGUAAGUGGAUAGCAGUCAUUACGACGCAUUGACCCGUCAUUAUGAGUGACAUCUUUACUGUGUGGAAUAGUUAUGGGUUAUUUAACUACCACCCCAGGGGCAGGAUCUGUAGCUCCCUUAAAUUCCUUGAUUGCCCAGUUACCUUGACUACAGGGCAGAGAAUGCUAGUCCAAAUUCCCCAACCUUUGUGUCAUUGAUUAUUGUACUAUGAACAAUCUUUGAAACUGGAUAAUGAUUAUUAUAACUUGAGUGGACUGAAGCAUCUGCGGCUCACUUUGAAAAGGCUGACGGAAGGAAUAACCUACUGUUUAACAGUAUGAAAAUGUAUGCACUCACUAACUGUAAGUCGCUCUGGAUAAGAGUGUCUGCUAAAUGACUAAAAUGUAAAAUGCAAGUUUGUAAUUCGCAUCUUUGUCAUGGACACUGAAAUACUGUACAUGGGUAGCACGUUAAUACAUAAACAAUGAAAUAUUGAAAUAAAAAACAAGUGAAAUGCAUGAAAAUAUGUAUAAGGGUUGGGGAGACUCAAAUAGUUUUGUUGAUUGAAUUACUUGUAUUCAAGCAUCAGAUAGAAACAAAAAUGCUGUUAUUAGUGUAUUGGCAGGAUAAGUUUGACCUAUAAAGUAAUAAAGGCAAUGUCUCUCCUCUCCUCUUCCUCUCCUCCGUCAGAUGCCCGUUCCCUCCAUCACUCCCUCCUCUAACCACUGGUCCUGGGACCUGGAGGAGGAGUGCAGGAGGCAGGAGAAAUGGCAGAAAGAGCAGGAGAGACUUCUACAGGUGAAAUGCUGUAGUGUGUGUGUGUGUGGACGAUAGCAGAGAAAACAGUCUAUAGUUUGGGUGGCUAAAGUCUUUGGCAAUUUUUCGGGCCUUCCGUCUGGUAUAGAGGUCCUGGCAGGGAGCUCGACCCCAGUGAUGUACUGGGCCGCCCGCACCACCCUCUGUAGCACUUUGCGGUCGAGGGCAGUGCAGUUGCCAUACCAAGUGGUGAUUCAGCCAGUCAAGAUGCUCUCAAUGGGGCAGCUGUAUAACUUUUUGAAGAUCUGAGGGCCCAUGCCAAAUCUUUUCAUCCUCCUGACGGGGAAGAGGCUCUUUCGUGUCCUCUUCACAACUGUGUUGGUGUGUGGACUAUGUUAAGUCCUUAGUGAUGUGGACAACAAGGAACUUGAAGCUCUCGACCCUGCUCUAUUCCCCCUGCUUCCUGUAGUCUAUGAUACACCCCUUGGUCUUACUGAUUUUGAGGGAGAGGUUGUUGUCCUGGCACCACACUGCCAGGUCUCUGUCUCAUCUCUGUCUGUGAUCAGGCCUACUUGUUGUUUGAUUGUGAUUUAAAAGUUGUUGUCAGUAAGUAUAGUGACCAAAACUCCAGAGAAACUGUGUGUGUGUUUGUGAUCAGGAGAAAUACCGUCGGGACCAGGAGAAACUGGAGGAGGAGUGGUGUCGGGCCCAGCAGGAGGCUGUGACCGAGGGGGGCAGACACCACCAAGAGGUGAGGAGCCAUAACACUAUAACAACAUAAUUUUCUGGUAGGAAACUGAGACACGAACUCUGGCUUUGGCUUUAUCCCUUUACUGUCUGUUUCUCAGGAGCCGAGCAGCAGGAGUAUCAGCCUCCUCUGCCCGCUCCGCCAGCCCAUCCUGCCCUGGGAGGACCAGGAGGUACAGGAGGAGGAGAGGAGGAGGAGGGAAGAGGAGGAGGCACAGCGAAGACAGGAGGAGGAGAAGAGGAGAAUGGAGGAAGAGCAGCGAAGGCGGGAGGAGAGGAUGAGGAGGAUGGAGGAGGAGCGAGAGCUGUUGCGUCUUCAGGAGGAGAGGAAGAGGGAGAAGCAAGAGGAGGAUGAGAGGAGACAGAAGGAAGAGGAGGAGCUGAGAUGGCAAAGGAGGAAGGAGAAAGAGAGGGAGGAGGAGGAAGAGAGGGAGGAGAGGAGGCAUCAGGAGGCUGCUGAACAACAGCGCAUGGAGAAAGCGAGAAUGCAGGAGCAGCAGCAAUGGUUAAUAAUAAUAAUAUUUUCUUUAAAGGGAAAUUUCACCCAAAUUACAAAAUUACAUAUUGGUUUCCUUACCCUGUAAGCAGUCUAUAAACAAGGUAUGACAGCAAUCCAUGCUUUGGUUUAGUUUCCCUGGCACUGUUUCGAAAUGCUAACAUUUUAGCAUUGAUGGCACAAAUCCAAUGCAUGUCAUGGUACCUAUAUUAGCAUUUUUCGCACAUCAUGUCCAUAUUAUCCUAAAGUAUCUCAAAUUGAUUAUAUAGAUGAACAAAGUAACUUUUAGAUGAUGGUCAACUUUCCAUUUUAAUGCUUUUUUGUUUUGAUAUUCUGUAUACAUUACAAUAAUUAUUUUUAUUUUCACCCAGUUUUUUUUGUUUAGCUUUUUACAAUGAUAAUGAUUUGCAAUAAUACCGUUUUUUUCUCCUCCAUAAUUCCUCCUUCCUAUCCCACCCAGUUAAUUUCUUGAAGAAUAUUUGCGUACAGUCCAAAUAUACACUGAACAAAAAUAUAAACGCAACAUACAACAAUUUCAAAGAUUUUACUGAGUUACAGUUCAUGAAAGAAAAUCAGUCAAUUUAAAUAAAUUCAUUAGGCCCUAAUGUAUGGAUUUUACAUGACUGGGAAUACAGAUAUCCACAUAUUUGGUCACAAAUACCUUUAAAAAAAAGUGGAUCAGAAAACCAGUCAGUGUCUUGUGUGACCACCAUUUGCCUCAUGCAGCGCGACACAGCUCCUUCGCGUAGGGCUGGUACAGUUGAAACCUGGAUUCAUCUGUGAAGAGCACACUUCUCCAGCAUGCCAGUGGCCAUCGAAGGUGAGCAUUUGCCCACUGAAGUCAGUUAUAACGCCAAACUGCAGUCAGGUCAAGACCCUGAGGACGACGAGCACCCAGAUUACUUUCCCAGAGAUGGUUUCUGACAGUUUGUGAAGUCAGCAUGCCAAGUUUACGCUCCCUCAAACUUUGCGACAUCUGUGGCAUUGUGUUUAGUAACAAAACUUCACAUCUUAGAGUGGUGUUUUCUUGUCCCCAGCACAAGGUGCACCUGUGUAAUGAUCAUGCUUUUUAAUCAGCUUCUUCAUAUGCCACCCCUGUCAGGUGGAUGGAUUAACUUGGCAAAGGAGAAAUGCUCACUAACAGGAAUGUAAACAAAUUUGUGCACAAAGUUUGAGAGAAAACAGCUUUUUGUGCAUAUGGAACAUUUCUGGGAUCUUUUUGUUUCAGCUCACUUUACAUGUUGUGUUUUUAUUUUUGUUCAGUGUAUAUAUAUUUUUCUGGUAGUGGAAGAAGGAUAAAUUAGCCUUAUCUAGAGUUCAAGCUGAACAGAAGUUGAAUGAGUUCAAUACUUUCAGCAAGCACAUUAAUAAAGAGAAGGAUGCCGGAUAACAGUAGUGGUCUUGCUGAAGCAAGUACACUAAUAAAUCAAUAAAAAUAUAUAAAAAAGAAACAAAAGACGAUUUCCAUUGUUUUGCAUGUACAGUUUUAAACUAAAUGUAAGGAUUAGAAAAUAAAAUAAAAAUAUCAAAAUAUGAAAGCAAUUAAGGCAAAGAUAUCAGCAAUACUGUAUACUAUAGCAACUGCUAAAUAUAUAUAUUUUUACUUGAUUCUGUUCAGUGGCUUCUUUGUGCGUAAAUCAUGGUUUCAAAUGUUUGAGGAUCUAGUGCCUCUGCCUUAUGCUAGUUACCUCUUAUAGAUCCAAGGUUUUAUUUACAUUUAUUAAAAACUACAUGACCAAAAGUAUGUGGACACCUGCUCGCCGAACAUCUAAUUCCAAAAUCAUGGGCGUUAAUAUGCGUUGUCCCCCGUUUGCUGCUAUAACAGCCUCCACUCUUCUGGGAAGGCUUUCCACUAGAUGUUAGAACAUUGCUGCAGGGACUUGCUUCCAUUCAGCCACAAGAGCUGAGGUCGGGCACUGAUGUUGGGCGAUUAGGCCUGGCUCGCAGUCAGUGUUCCAAUUCAUCCCAAAGGUGUUCGAUGGGGUUGAGGUCAGGUCUCUGUGCUGCCCAGUCAAGUUCUGCCACACCGAUCUCAACAAACCAUUUCUGUUGCUCCUAGACGUUUCAACUUCACAAUAACAGCACUUACAGUUGACCGGUGCAGCUCUAGCUAGGCAGAAAUUUGACGAACUGACUUGUUGGAAAGGUGGCGUCCUAUGACAGUGCCACGUGGAAAUGCACUGAGCUCUUCAGUAAGGCCAUUCUACUGCCUAUAUUUGUCUAUGGAAAUUGCAUGACUUUGUGCUUGAUUUUAUACGCAUGUCAGCAACGGGUGUGGCUGAAAUAGCAGAAUCAACUCAUUUGAAGGGGUGUCCACAUACUUUUGUAUAUAUAGUGUAUCUUUUUUAUUCUAGCCCAUCGAUCUUAUCUUUUGUCAUUACAGAAAUAAUCUUAAAGUGCCUUUAAGGCUUUAAGAUUUGUGUGUACUAAAUCUGUGCUUUAAUCUUCAGAGGCUUAUUGUAAACACUAGCUUAUUGUAAACAUUAUGAUUGAAAUAAUUCAUUAAUAACACAUUUUUGCCUGCACUAUUGUCUACUUUACAUUGAGUAGUAACCUCUAACUCCCACUAAUGGUCUUCCUGUGCUUUGUCCUCUAUGCCUGUGUUUUGUCCUGUCUGUCUAUCUGUCCAUCUGUCUGUCUCUGUACCCCCUCUAUCUCUGUUUCUGUCUGUAUCCCCUAUUCCCUAUCUAUAUUCUCUCUACUGCUGCUGCUAUAACCCCAUAACCCUUUCGCUGCUGGAUGGCAGGUUGGGGGACUCCUAUGGCUAUGCCAAGGUCCAGCCUGAGAUAUCAAUGGCAGACAGGUCAGUGUGUGUAUGCCAAGGUCCAGCAUAGACAUCAGUCUGUGUGUGUGAGUCAGACCUGGGUUAGAAUAUUGGAAAAACCUUUCAAAUACUUUGAGCGUUUGCUUGAGUCUGCCUUGAGUGCCAGAUGGGAAAUGGGCUGGGUCUGCAGUUUCUGGACCGUUCCAAUGGUUUAUUAAGCCAGGUCUGCGCAGAUAAAGUUUUUGAUAUGAUUUUUCAAGUGUUUGAAACCCAGGUCUGGUGUGAGUGUGUGCGUGUGUGCAUGCAUUAGAAUGGCCAUGGCUUUGCCUCUGUUGCAAACAGACAAACAUACAGUAUGACUGUGGGUAAUCUAGCCUUUUAUAAACACAUUUCAUGCAAUUCUACGUCAUUUUACAUGACUGGAGACAAGCAUAAUCGUUUUUUAGUACAACACCAGAGCAUGUGAGCUGAGUGGAGUGAGGCGUCGCACGUCCUCUAAUUUUACUCUGGUACCGCUGAAGCAUGUGCUCUGGGCAUGCUCUAACCAGCAUAUUUCGGUUCCUUUAUCACCAUUCUUAUAAUUAGGCCUAUUCUCUUUAUUUAGCCUACCCCACCACUAGUAUUGCGCUGUGGUGAAUGAUGGACGGAGUCAGGCGCAGGAGUAAAAUAACCGGAUGCAGAUUUAUUCCUUCCAGACAUACAAUGCGCCUACAACGGCAAUCGAAACAGGUACAGGGGAAACAAUCCUCCCUGACCAAACACAGUCUCAGAAAAUACAAUAAAUGUAAUGACAGGCUACACAGCACAGUCGUUGGUUAGGCAGCACAAAAUGUUUUACAUCAGCAAGAGCAGGCCAGCCAGGGCUCUUGUUUGGGAUAGCCGAUCCCUUACAGUGUGUAUGCAGUGUAGCCUAAUUUUAUUUGCAAAAACUUGUGAAGGAAGUACAUUUUCUUAGAUAUAUAACCUUGUGCUGUGCUUCUCGAGCAUGCAUUUCUUAUAGUCCAAUUGUAUAGCCUAUAGUAUAUCUAUAUGCUAUGGAUAAUUUAAUUGAGACCACAGGCGCACCUGAUAUUGCACGUUCAGCAAGACCCUAAGGGCCCUGGUCAAAAAUAGUGCACUAUAAAGGGAAUAGGGUGCCAUUUGGGACACACUCUUGCUCUAAUGUUUACCUGAACAGAAGAACACAUCUCUCUAAUUAUCUGAUUUGAUUAUUUGAUCAUUAAAAGUACAUAGUAGGCUGCUCCAGCCGGAGACAAUAUAUUGGACUGUACGUAUUUGAAAAUACAUGUUAUUACCUUCCUGUAUUUACGCACACCUGAGCAUGUAACAGUAUUUCACUCCAAGGAUGUGACCCAAAUGGCACCCUAUUCCCUACAUAGUGCACUACUUUUGAUCAGAGUCAAAUGUAGUGCACUAUGUAGGGAAUAGGGUGCCAUUUGGGACGUAGACCAAAGUAAAUCAAUAAUAUGUGACUUUUAAUGAAUCUGUUUUCCAGUGAUUUGAGAGAUAAUUAAUAUUAUUGAUUAUGCACAAAUUAUGUGUUUUAUGUGUUUUGCAGGGCAAAGUCUAAAUCUACUCCAGAGCUAGAUGACGUGGAGAAACCAGAGACUAAAGGUCAGUGGGGAUUAAUUAUAAUAAGGUAUUAUUAUUUAUGUCCUCAUCAAUGUCUUCAUCAAUAUUCAUUCAUCCUUCGGAGGAAGUUGGGGGGGGGGGGGGGGGGGGGGCAUUACAGAAGCUUGGAAACACAAAGACAUUUCAAAAGGAGGAAAAUAAUUAGUAGGAGCAUCUUUUGUCAUCCUUUCGAUGUCACCAGUUGACUUUAGGUGCAGUAUAACUUUAGCUAGCUAGCUAAGAUUGAGGGGACGCACUGAAUUUUUGCUAGCUAGCAUUAGCAUUGCUAGCUAUUUUUUACGAACUUGGCUAGCUAAUGGCAACAUUGCCAUCUCUCUAAAGUAAAUUAGAAAAUAAAGUUGUGUCCUACUAAUUAUUUGCCUGCUUUAGCAAUAUCAUCGUAUUUCCACGCCACUAUAGUAUAAUUUAGAUGAAAUUAGCCUCCAUUCAGAAUGACUGGGCAUCAGUCAUCAGUCGGGCACCAAUAUGUACGGUGUCCAAUCAAAAACGUAUCUUUUGAACAAUGGGUAAAAUAAUAUGUUCAUUGUGUAGAUACUCCUCCAAGAAAACCAAUGGUCCAAAUCUCAUCUCUAUCAUAAUCCAUAAAAAAGUUAUUCAAAUUUUUACUCUUGUAGGAUGGCCAAAAUUAGGGUGAUUUGAAUCAAUGCAGGCCAGAGGGGAAAAAAAGUGGUUACAAAUCUGGAAAAUAGCAUUGCGUCAGCUAGGCUGGAUGCUGUGCAAGAACUAAGGCUAACUGACAGGCUCACCGUUGAACUAGUCAUCUUUCUUAUCGAAUCCGGAAGGACAUAAAACCAUAUAGAGGUGUCAAAGUUGCGUCAAUUCAAAUCUGGUAUUAGGAACAAAAGAGGUCAAUACACGUCUUCUAAAUAGACUAGUAUUUUAAUUAAUGUAAAACCUUCAAUGGUAAAUAUUAUGUUCGUAUAUACGGGCUCCUUGAAAUACCUCGCAGGGCAGACAGAGAACUAAUCCAUUGUUUCAGAUUGUUCUUCAAAUACUCUUGACAGUUCUCAGUUCCUGCUCUCUGCUGGCCAAUCAGAGUAGAGGCUGAGCGUGGUUUAGACUUACUCAGCCUAUCCGUUGACGCACGGGCUGGUCCCAACCCCUUGGCGCAUCCCGGUUGCCAGGCAUAAGUUUAUCAUAACAACCUGUCAUGGUGAGAAGAGCCAGCUCCCCUAGACACCAUUCCUACGUCCAAGGAUGGUUCACAGAUCACAAAGAACCAGUAUAGUCUAGUAUUUGGAGACACAAAUUAUCUUACCCCCUAAAACAGCUCUUCACAUCAAUCAUAGCUUGCCAGGUGACACAACCUACAUCAGCCCAGUCUAGAAUGCAUUCUUUCUAAGUUAGUCAUCCCAUCAAUUAUGAGAAUAAUAAAUCCCCAAUAGAGGUAAGAUAGAUAUUUUAGUGUACGCUUUUCAAAUUAAUGCGAAAUUCCUGUUGUUGUCCGGAGAUUGCGGCACUGAGCGUACUGCCAGCUUUUUAUUUUCAAAGCCUUUUAAAUGUAUUCAGUUCGGUAAUUUGGCUUUUUGCAACCAGUGGAAACAACUUUGCAGACGACCACCACAACAUGUAAAAUCCUCAAAAGUCGCUGCGAGAAAGCAGCACAGCUCUUUCAACAGAGCUCUGUGCUUAUUAUUGUAUUAGGUUACAAAAUCCUAUUUUUUGGAUGUAAUGUUAAUGAUAUGUUAGAGAAAGACCCCACUGAACAUGAAGAAUCAUAUUUGUCUUGGUAAAAUGUAUUUUAUAACAAAAGUGCGUUUUCACCAACUCUCGGCAGAGUGGGUGGACACCCUACAAUAUGGCUGCGGUGUCUGUAGAAUGUUCAUAAAAGGCAACAAUGCGACUCCAUGAAUAGGAGUCAGUGAGUGUGAUCUGUAUCUGUAGAGGCUGUACUCAGACACUUUUAGCCAAGCUAGCGGUUUGUGUCUGUGCCACUGUGUCAGUGAGUGUGAACACACUGUGCCCAGGCUGGUACGGCUGCUCGGGGGGCAUGGCCCAGAAGUUACUGGAGGAGGAGUUGAGACGUAAAGCAGACAAAAAUGCACAGAGUCUCCUGGCCGCGUCCGAGCUGGAGUUGGAGAGGAGAAACAUCCUGAACGCCAUGAGAUACAGAGAGACAGAAAGAGGUGUGGUUCACGGCCUCUGCCGUUCCUCGACUGCUCCUGACUGCUCCUGUCUAAUCAAUGCAGGACCCAAUCAAUCAAGCAAUCAGCUCAGCUGAUCAAUCGCGUUUGGCAUGAAGAGUCAGACACUUCCAGAUUUUACAAUCUGUCUUGAUCAUGAAUCACUGGUCGUAUUGUUGUUUCCUGAUUGUUUGAUUCCUGAUCGAUGGAUGAAUCAUAGGCUCUCAUGUCUAUCUCCUGACUCCUUCCUCUCCCAUUGGCUCUCGUCUUUAUUUACUGACUCCCUCUCCUCUCUCAUUGGUCCACAGUUACUAGCAGCGGUGGGCUGGGCGAGGCAUCGUGGAGGAAUGGCCAGCAGAGCCUGUCCCAGGCAGAGCUAGAGAGGCAGCAGAUCCUGCAGGAGAUGAAGAAGAAAACCCACCUGGCCACAGACAACAGCUGGAUCCGCCAGCGCUCCACCAGCACCACCACCAGCAAGGACCCCAUUGCCAGCCCCAUCAGCAGGUGCUCGACUGUGGCUCCGCUGGCCUGGGGGUGUGGGGGUGGUGGAUCAGUACAGUACACUGUGUGUGUUGAAUGAUAGGGUUAAGCCAGCCUUGGGCUCACCUGGGGCUCUGCUGGCCUGGGGUACACUGUCCAUAUUAGGAUAGCUCCACAUGACUCUGACACAUCUUCCAUGGAUUUGUGACUGUUCUAAUAAGGACACCGUACCAGCUGUGUCCAUAUAACCUACAACAAAAACUGGAGUAAAGAUCACAUUUCUUAGUGGUUUGGGGCUCUAGCCUGGAUGCCAGUCUGUUUCCUGUUUCAGUUUUCAGAGGAGUCAAUAUCAACAUAGUUGGCCUGUGGUGUUCAGGAUAUUUGGGUGCUUACGCUAACCCACUAACAUCCACUAAUGUGUUCAACUUUUCAGAGGUGAGUCUCUGGACAACCUGGACACCACGACCCGCUCUUCUUGGCGCUCAUCGUGGUCAACCUCAUCCAUCCCGAACUACAACUGGCCUCAAUCUGCCCUUUCCAGCCUCAACACCACAUCCUCCUACGGCGAUGGUGGCUACGGCAGUGGUGGCUAUGGCGAUGGUGGCGGCGGCGGGGUCCGAGGUCGUCCAGGCUCAGCCACCCUGCCCUCCUCCCUCUCCAUGAGCUCCCUCAGAGGAUCCGGGGGGAGCAACCCGUCUUCUGGGUCCAAAUGCUCGUCAUCGCCAUCUCCCUCCCCCACUCCUUCUCCUGGCCUCGAACGCGAGUCACGCCCAUCCUCGCAGCAACGCAGCAGGUAAACAUCCAACUUCCAAUCACAUGGCAGAAUGCUGCUUACCAAAAUAACUGAGUAGGUAGAUUUGCUCCCAUAUACAGUGUCAGAUAUUGGAGGUAAAAGUCUGAUUCUAGAUCUGGGGUUAACGGGUAACACCAAUUUGGGAGAAUCUCUUAUUCAAUGGCUUAAAGUGAUGUACAGUGAGGGGAAAAAAGUAUUUGAUCCCCUGCUGAUUUUGUACGUUUGCCCACUGACAAAGAAAUUAUCAGUCUAUAAUUUUAAUGGUAGGUUUAUUUGAACAGUGAGAGACAGAAUAACAACAACAAAAAUGUUAGCUAUUAAAAUCAGAUCCAACAAUAAUAUCAAGGGUUUAGAAAUCCAGGGCUUAAAAACAAAGCUGACGAUUCAUGUUUUCUUUUAAAUCCACAAUUUGGAUCCCUGCACAGCCUCAUAGAGGAUCUAGAUAAUGUUUCUAACCUCUCUGGAUUACAACCAAAUUAUUACGUAUUGGAUCGCUAAAAAAUACAACUUUUACAUUAUCGUGUAGUUUACAAAUAAAAUGGUCUGACUGUGAACUGGACAUACUCUGUAUUCAUAUCCCGAAAGAAAGAAAUGAUCUCAAUACAAUACAUUUUUAUAGAAAGUUAGCAAUAAUAGAUACUAUCUUGCUACCAUGGAAAAGACAAUACCUGUCUAUUUGUGAAAAAAUAUACAGUAUAUUUACAAAGAAAUAUAUAUGAAGGAUUGGAAAUUAUGCAGACAAUUACAUUGAUAGAUUGUGGGUUCUAUCUGCAAUAUUAAAGCUAAUCUACACCCUGGGAUUACACUCCACCAAGCAAUCCUCCUCAACAAAACUUCACUGACGCUAGCCCAAUGUUAUAAAUGCUGAAUUUCCACGCAGAGUCCUUAGUGCGGUCCGUGGUAAAAACACAAAUUGUUUACUGAACCACUCGAGGUAUGCUUAGUGGAAUGUAAAUACAGUCUUGUUGUUGCUUUCUAGCACUGUUUUUUAUUUAACAUGAGCUCCAUGCAUUUACUUCCUCAGGUUAUUAUGACCUUUGACCCAAUGCCUUUUCCUGAACGUAUUGGUGGGUCGGUGGGCAUGUGUAUUGGGGCGGCAGGUAGCCUAGCGGUUGGGCCUGUAACUGACUAGGUGAAAAAUCUGUCUGUGUCCUUAAUGUACUUAACGUAAUUGCUCCUGUAAAUCGUUCUGGUUAAGAGUGUCUGCUAAAUGACUAAAAUGUAAAUGUAUUCUCGGUUAUCCAGGCUGUGUGUGUAUUGUGGGUUCUCCAGUCGAGUCACGGUUCUGUGAUCUGUAAUCUCAGGUCAGUGAGUGGCAAGAAAAUCUGUACGUUCUGUGACACGGCGCUGGGCAAGGGAGCCGCCAUGAUCAUCGAGUCACUGGGACUCUGCUAUCAUUUGACCUGUUUCAAGGUGAGAGUUCAAAGUUCAAGACCGGACCUCCCUGAAUUGGAGACUGAGGUUGUGAUUGGUCCAUUGCAGAGACUAAACCUGCCUGGUCAUCUCAGUACUAACCUUAUCAACAGAAUGAGACUGUCCUAAUAUGGACACCAUGACCCUGAUCAAUGUGAUACUAACCUAAACAGCAUGAAGGGAUCACAAUCUGGUCUGAUCCUGUAUAACGACACAUACAAAACCAAGGAAACAGAAGUCCAAAGUGAAUAGUAACUUCCAAUGAUUACCAUUUAUUUAUGGUUUCCAGUUUAACUUGACUGGAGUAAUGUUUCCACUAACUUUUCAGUUAAUUGAAAAAUACACUAUCUUCCAAAUUCUCUAAGCUCUAAAACUUGCUACGGAAAUGGCAAACAGUAUUGGCACAUUGUUUUAAUGGUUUUCUGAAUGUGUCAUGAAAUCUGAUUGCAUUUGUGCUAAACCCCACUAAUCAAUCCUUCACCUCACUAUUUCCUAACACGAACACACUUUAUUUUGAUUAAUUCAUCCUGGGGCUUCUGACAUCACAACAAGCUUCCAAAAGUCCCUACAUGUAUGCUUGGGCUUGAACUGUCAGUUUCACUAAUCUCAUUGGUCUCUCUGUCUCUGUCAGUCUAGUGUCAGGUGUGUCUCAUUUGCUCUGUCUAUCUGGUUGUGGCUCCGUGGGUAUAUGUCUUACCACUCUCCCAAUGGCUGCUCCUUCUGUGUCUGUGGAACUCGUCUUUCCUCCAGAGGGCAACUGUCCUCUCCUCUCCCCAUCUGGGAGUGAGGGAUCUGGGCUAGCUCUCAUUGACCGUUCCCCUCUCUCCCUAACUUCCAGUGCAUUGACUGUAAGUCCGACCUGGGAGGAUCGGAGGCCGGAGCUGAGGUCAGAAUACGGAACCGACAGCUCUACUGUAACUCCUGCUACAUGCGAUUCAAGAGUGAGUAUGACUGACUUCAGCCGGGUACCAGUUGAAAAGUGAGGCAACUAGAUUAUAAAACUCCAUAGUCCUAUUUGACCGGUAUCGCCAAUAGUAACAGGAUUCCUGUUACUAUGUGUCCUGUUGUGUUGUGUUGUGUCAGUUAUAUUAUGUUUAGUUGUGCCGUGUCAUUUAGUAAUAUGCUGUGUUUGCAUUAUCGAAUAGUAUCAUUUGGUAUCAUGUUAUAACCUCUAUCUUCUUUCUCUUCUAGCUGGACAGCCAACCUCCAUGUGACAUCGCUGUACUACAGCAGAUAG